AUGGUCUACUGCCUCAUCGUGGCACGGAGCAGGAUUUCUCAAGCUGAGGAGUUCGGCGUUUGCGGUUCUCCGCAUGUCCGACUAGGAGUAGGCCUUGCCAAAAGCGCUACCGUCUGGCUGAUUCAGCCGCUAGGUGGUUCCCUUACAUAGGU